UAAGGUUAACAAUCUAGUCUAAGAACAGCAUUAUCAGGGAAGGAGGAGGGACGUGGGGAGCGUAAUGGCACCUCCUUUAUUUCAGUGUGGAUGUAGUUGUGGCAGUGUGGUCUCGGGUAGGACUUAACACUAGAUGAUGCAGUGAGCCAAGAUAUGUCUGAAAAUGAGAAUAAAAACACUGAAACUGCAUGCAUGAAUCGCAAAACAUCACAUAACACGCUUCUCUCGCCACACUCAGGUGUCACAGCAAUAGCGUCACAGACCUCAGUGUGAAUACAUAAGCAUGGACAUGGACUGGAACAAACAAGAAAGCACUUGAAUUGAAAAAUGUGAAGAGUGCAAAGAGCAGUCUUCGCAAAGGAAAAAAAAAUACAGCCCAUGAAGACAGACUCCUGGAUCCGAUACCAGGGAUGACAGAAAUAAUGGACACCUCUAAAGAAAAAGGAUGUUUCAAAUCCCUGAGAUGCAACUUCCUUCGGUCUUCUUUUUCAGUUCAAUAAGCUAUCCUCAUUGCACUGAAAGUGAAAACUGGCAACAGUCAAAAUGCAAAAGAAAGAACACCUGGAACUCUCUCCCAGGACCUGGUGCUGAUCCAAAUGAAAUAUGUAGCUGCUACAGAAGAUGUGACUAAUGAUUCAGGGUGUCUAAUUCAAGGACUAAGCCAAUAUGGAAGAGCAGAUGAUUCAGAUAUAUGUGAAUGUGAAUGGCACUGAUCGGCUUAAUGUCUCAUAUGAUUACAACUCAACAAAUGUAAAGGAGACCCCAGACACAUAUCAGUUUUAUAUCAUCAGCCUUUUCCUCUCCUGUCUCUACACCAUUUUCCUUUUCCCAAUCGGUUUCAUCGGUAACAUCCUUAUCCUGGUGGUGACCCUAAACAGCAGGGACAAGAUGACCAUUCCAGAUCUGUACUUUGUCAACCUGGCUGUGGCAGACCUGAUACUAGUAGCUGACUCACUCAUUGAGGUCUUCAAUCUUAAUGAAAAGUACUAUGACAUUGCAAUCCUGUGUACGUUCAUGUCCCUCUUCUUGCAGGUCAAUAUGUACAGUAGCAUUUUCUUUUUGACAUGGAUGAGCUUUGAUCGAUACGUAGCCCUGGCCAGCUCCAUGAGCAGCAGUCCCUUGCGGACAAUGCAGUAUGCCAAACUCAGCUGUGGCCUCAUCUGGAUGGCUUCCAUCCUGGCCACUUUACUACCCUUUACAAUUGUCCAGACACAACACACAGGUGAGGUACAUUUCUGCUUUGCCAAUGUCUUCGAAAUUCAGUGGCUGGAAGUCACCAUUGGUUUUGUAGUUCCCUUCUCAGUCAUUGGCUUAUGCUACUCCUUAAUAGUACGCAUUCUCAUGCAAGCACAAAAGCACCGGGGGCUGUGGCCACGCAGACAGAAGGCGCUCCGCAUGAUUGUGGUGGUUGUACUGGUCUUCUUCUUGUGUUGGCUUCCUGAGAAUGUUUUCAUCAGCAUUCAGCUCCUACAGGGCACAGCAGACCCAUCACAACGCAGUGCCACCACCCUGUGGCAUGACUACCCAUUGACGGGUCACAUUGUCAACCUUGCAGCUUUUUCCAACAGCUGUCUGAACCCCAUUAUCUAUAGCUUUCUGGGGGAGACCUUUAGGGUCAAGCUGCGGCUCUUCAUUAAAAAGAAGGCCAGUUGGUCUGUGCUUUAUCGUUUAUGUAAUCAUACACUGGAUUUGCACAUCCCUGUAAAGAGCGCUCAAGUCUCUGAAGUGUAGCAUUAGGUUUACUGUGACAAAAUCUAUAAUCAGUGUACAAAAAGAUGAUCAUGUUCUCCAAGGUAGACUCCAAUAGUCCCAGAUGUGGUCAAUGUAACAUGGACACAGGGAAGUGCUACAGCAUUAACUGACCUAGAUAGAGAAUGAAGAUCUUGUGUGCAGGUGAGCAGUAUUUGCUUGAUGUGGUAAAUUGAUAAUUAACUGACACAUCUUACUUUUCCAAUUAUUAAUUAGGUGCAAUUACUGGGCCUGUCAGGUGGCUAUGCAGAAGUGUAUCAUAUAAAAGCUGAUUUUCCCAUCCUAUUUUUAUCUAACACAGUUUUACAGUGGAUAAAACAUAUCAAAAGUCUAGUAUCUAGAAGAAAGCCUUUCCACUGGUUUCAUUUAUGCAUAGUUCAGUGUUUCCCAGUUCUGCUUUGUUGGACCCCAAGCACAGCAUGUUCUGUGUGCCUUCCUGCUCUAGUACCUGAUUGAAAUCAGAUUUUUUUUUCAACAUUUUUGCAUGGUUAAUUAAUACUUCUGGACUGCUAGUUCACUCAGAGUUUAACAAAGGACACUUAGCCAUACAAGACAACAUCAUUAAUAAAGAAUUGAAACACAUUCUGACUUCAGAUGUCAGUCUGCAUUGUCCAAAAGAGAACUGAGGGGGCAGGUGGCAAGCAGAGACUAUAGCAGUAUAUGCAAACACAUUAUUUAAAGCGCUGGUUGUGAUGAAUGCAUCAGUGAUUUCAAUUUUGCUUUCAAUUAUUUUUUCUACAAACUACAUUCCAUAUCAUGUAACACUGAAAAGAAUUCACUGACCAUGGACAGAACUGUUAAUUUAGUAUAAAUUGUAAAACUUUCAUGUUUUAUGGAUCAUGUUAAUCUCUUUUUUGUGAAUCAUGUAUGUAUGUUUUCAGUUUUCAGAUUCACUUUAUUUAACUGGCCUCAGGUAUUCUUUGGCCUUACAUAAUAAUUAAAUCAGGGUUUUUGUUCUAUUCUAAUCUAUUUUAAUUCGACAACAGCAUGUACAACAGUCGAUGGUAUGUACAACAGACCUAACCUGAAGAAAUCGUGUAAUGGCAUACGCACAUACCAAAAGUACAUUGUACUAAUUAAUUCAUUUUAUUUAAACAAUGAAUAUAAUUUAAUAUAGAAAUGUAUUCAUUUGAAUUAGUUUAAUACAUACUACUUAGGGCGACUUAAUGUGGGGACACGUUCUCUCAGUGCUGUUCAAAACUUCUAAAUACAUAUGGAGAGAUGAGGACUCUAACCACUUCGCACUACUUUACACUAAUACAUCCACCUUGUGCAAAUGUGGUCAAGAAUGAUGCUAUUGCUGUCAAUUAUUCUAAACAUAAUGGUUUUUUUUUUAUAUAAUGUCCUAACAAAGCUACACAGAAAUAACAUUAUGACUGAUUUGGAUGCAGGGUAGUCCAAAGACAUGCUUCUGUAGUAAGUUUAGAAACACCAGAUAGUGAGGUUGGAGUAGAUGUUUGUGUGUACAGGGCAGACCCAUGCUGUGUAUGGGAAAUGCAGUAACCAAGAUCUAUUUUUCCAGCUGUGACGGCCCAGCCUGGGAAAUGAACACUGACCAUUGUUUAGAUAAUUGCUUAGAAAAGAGGGGACAUAGGUGGAAAUGCUGUUGAUGAUUUCUCCAAUAAACACUCACACAUGCUAA